AAUUCCUUUAUGCAUUUAUGAUUAAAAUAGUAAUUAAAAUAAGAUCGAUAUUGCUGAGAUUAUUGAUUUAAUCAUAUGAAUUUGAAAGAAACCAGAAUUACAACAGGAGCAACAGCGUUGAGGAUAGGAAAAAAUUAAGUCAUAUGAGCAGGAAAAGAAAUAACUUUAGAAAUAAAAUUAGAAAGUUUUUUAAUUAUUGUAAUCAUUUUCUCAGAUUACAAGAGGAGCCAUUAAUAUAUUAAAAGAGCAUUACAAAGAAGAAUUAAGAUUGGAUGAGACUUAAAGUUUUUUCAAAUUUUAUUUUAUUAUUAAGUUAUAAUUGGUUUUUUGA